GCAGACCGGAAGUAGUGUAUGUCAUGUCGGGAAGCAGAUUAGCUCAGAGCAUUUACCUCAAGCUGUGACGUGUUAAAGCAGCAUUCAGCAGAGAUUGAUUGGUUAUAGGCGUUUUCAUUAAUUUGCUUUGGGUGAUAUAAGAAUCAAGGUCCACAGCUCCUCCUCCUGUUUCUCACUGGCUGGCAGUGUCUAGACAUACAGCAUCAGGAAUGCAAGACUAAUCAGCCAGAUGAUGUCUGAGUCAAAGCUGCAGCAUCACUUGGCAGCUUAUCUCCAUGGCAACGGUGUUGUGGAGACAGAAAUGAUCUUCUGAACAGUCUGACCUGACAAGAAACAACACAGCCAUCUCAGGUCUGCAGAUGGAGAAUGGAGACCUGGGUCAUAGGAUGGGGGAGCCAGUGACUCUGAAUGUGGGCGGCUGUGUGUAUAGUACGUCUCUUUCCACGCUGCAGCGCUACCCAGACUCCAUGCUGGGAGCCAUGUUCAGAGGAGACCUCCCCACCGUCCAGGAUACACACGGAAACUAUUUCAUUGACCGCGAUGGCCCGCUGUUUCGCUACAUCCUCAACUUCCUUCGGACAUCAGAGCUGGCUCUGCCGUGCGACUUCAAGGAGACCGAGCUGCUCAGGAAAGAGGCUGACUUCUAUCAGAUUGAGCCCCUGAUCCAGUGCCUGGGUGACCCCAAACCCCUGCUGCCGUACCCCACCGACACCUACGAGGAGGUGGUGGAGCUGUCCAGCACCAGGAAGCUGUCAAAGUACUCUAACCCCGUCGCAGUCAUCAUCACCCAGCUCACUAUCACCACCAAGGUCCAAGCAGUGUUGGAGUCCAUCUCCAGCAGUUUCACAAAAUGGAACAAACACAUGAUGGACACCAGAGACUACCAGGUGUCCUUCACCUUCGGGCCAUGUGACCACCAACAGGAAGUUAGCCUGCGUGUCCACCUGCUUGACUUCAUCUCCAAAGCUGGUUUCACAAUACGCAACACACGUGUUCACCACAUGAGUGAACGAGCCAAUGAGAACACAGUGGAACAUCACUGGACGUUCUGCCGACGAGCCCGCAAAGUCAGCGACUGAUAAAUAAACUGAAGCAUGGACUUAACUAAUAGAAGACAUUAUCAGGGUGUCUACAGACAGAGUUCUUUGUGGUUUUGUUGUUGUGUGUUAAUGUUUAAGUUGUGUUUUUGAAUUAUUCCCCAUUCUAGUGGGAGGUAAAGCACAAGGUGCAGUUACUGGCGAUGUAAAGAUAUGCUACCUUUGCUUUAUCAUGUACUGUAUAUGAUGAUAUGGACAGCCCUUUAAAACACUAUUUUACACGGUAGAGUUCUUCUAACUUUGUGUCAGCUUUGGCAUUUUUUUUUCCAACAUGACAAUGUGCACAAAACCAGCUCCACAAAGAAGUGGUUUAGGGUUGAGGAACUUGACUGGUCUGCACAGAGCCCUGUCCUCAGCCCCAUCCAACACCAUUUGGAUGAAAUGGAAUGCUAAUUAUGAGCCAGAACCUGUCACCCAGCAUCAGUGUGGAACCUCACUAAUGUUCUUGUGGUUGAAUGGGAGCAAAUAUCUGCAGCCAGGUUCCAGAGAGUGAUAGAAAGUAAAAGCUAUUUUUGUGUAAGCUUCUUCCGGCUCUUUGUAACCAGGAACUCCCAGAGACGAAGCAGACCACUUGGAUUAUAUAAAAAAUAACCGUGCUGGU